UUGUAUUUUCACAUUAUACAUUUUAGAGAAAAAAAAUAAUAAUUUGAAAGAAUGGAUACCACCGGAAAAGCGAAAAAGGGUGCCGCAGGUCGCAAAGGUGGCGGUCCAAGGAAGAAGGCAGUUACCCGGUCAAUCCGUGCCGGUCUACAGUUUCCCGUCGGUAGAAUUGGGCGGUACUUGAAAAACGGUCGUUAUGCUAAACGUGUCGGUACCGGAGCUCCGGUUUACCUCGCCGCCGUCCUCGAGUACCUUGCCGCUGAAGUAUUGGAGUUGGCAGGAAAUGCAGCAAGGGAUAACAAGAAGAACAGGAUAAUACCAAGGCAUGUAUUGUUGGCAAUCAGGAAUGAUGAUGAGCUUGGAAAACUCUUGUCUGGAGUAACUAUCGCACACGGCGGCGUUCUUCCAAAUAUCAACCCUGUUUUGUUACCGAAGAAGACCGGUGCUGCUGCCGCGAAAGAGCCAAAGUCUCCGGCUAAAACUACCAAGUCUCCUAAGAAGACAGCUGCUGCUGCUGAGUAGGGUGUGUGGUUUAGUUGAUGGAUGGAUGGAUGUUUAUGUUUGUUUGUAAUUUGUAGUUAAUUUGGUUUAGUUUAUUGAAGAUCUAAUGUGGUUGAUUUAGAUGAGAAUGAUGAUAUUAUGAUUAUAUGUUUUAUCUUUUGUGUUUUAUCAAUGGAAGAAACCACUUGUUUCUGUUAA